AUGGAUCAAGUAAUGUCAGACUUUGACGACUCUCUUCGGAGGCGUCAACCAUUGCUGGAUGCCUCAAGCAGAGUGAAUUACAGCAAUUCGACAAAGCUGGAAACCCCCCGUGUAAAGGUGGAGGAAUUCAACCAGCUUAGAACUCCCGAUCGAAUGUCGGUGGUUGCGAGCCCAACCUCUCAUGAUAAGGAAAAUGACCGGUUAUCAGUUGCUACCGAUUGGCAAACAGAAUCAGCCAGGAACUCAGUCGUCUCCGCUGCUUCAAUCUUGUCGGGAAAAGGAAAAAGGAAGACACAUGUUGGCCCAUGGCAGUUGGGCAGGACAUUGGGUAAAGGUGCUACAGGUCGUGUGCGGCUGGCCAAGCACGCUGUGACUGGUCAGACGGCGGCUAUCAAGAUCGUUUCGAAGAAGUCUGCUGCCAUGGUACAAAGUGAAAGCAUUGCGGCUAUGGACCGUAAUGCGAGCAACUUCUCGGGAUUCUCCAAUUCUCGACACAUGCCAUGUGGGAUUGAGAGAGAGGUGGUGAUAAUGAAAUUGAUUGAACACCAAAACGUCAUCAGCUUGUAUGAUGUUUGGGAGAACCGCGGGGAGCUGUAUCUUGUCCUAGAAUAUGUGGAAGGGGGCGAGCUGUUCGAUUAUGUCUCCCAGAAUGGACCACUUCCCGAGGAAGAAGCUGUUCGAUUAUUCCGGCAGAUUAUUGCAGGACUGGGAUACUGUCAUCGAUUCAACAUCUGUCACCGAGAUUUGAAGCCCGAGAAUAUCUUGCUCGAUGCCAAUCACAACGUGAAACUGGCAGAUUUUGGCAUGGCUGCCCUUCAGCCUGCAGGACAUUGGCUGAAUACUUCUUGCGGAAGCCCUCACUACGCUGCUCCUGAAAUCAUCUACGGUAAAAAGUACCGCGGUGAUAGAGCGGAUAUGUGGAGCUGCGGUAUUAUCCUGUACGCUCUUUUGACUGGGUACCUACCAUUCGACGGGGGUGACCUGCCCAACACAUUGCGGCUUGUAAAAAGGGGUGACUAUGCGAUACCCGAGGAACUGAGUGACGAGGCCGCCAACCUCAUCACCAGAAUCCUGCAAAAGCGACCGGAGGACCGCAUCUCCAUGGCAGAGGUCUGGACACACCCCCUCUUGACCAAGUAUGAGAAAUUGCAUAAUGCUAUGGCGAACCACUACAUUGGACCCCCUCCACCAUUAUCCAUCAAGGACUGUGGUGACCCGGUGACUAGUCGACACGAUAUUGACAUGGAUAUUCUGCGAAACUUGCAGACCCUGUGGCACAAUGUCAAGCCCGAAGGUUUGAUCACAAGAGUAAUGUCACUCGAGCCCACGCAUGAGAGAAUGUUCUACAACUCACUGGUCAAGUUUCGGGACGAACAGCUGGAGAACUAUCAGGGGCAGCCACUUGAGUACUCUGCCAGUGACUAUCAUCACAUCUCAAAAAUCGGCGAAAGAGCUCAAAGAGGUCGAACUGAAAAUGGAGGCCCCAAUUCCAAGAAACGCGCUCAGAGUUCUGUCGCGAAAAACCUCCAACGCCGCCUAGAGAAUACAAAGGAACCGAUGUCUUCUGCUAGCGUGGAAAGCUACGAUCCCUUCAGGUCACCCAAAAACCGAGGCAUGGCUGCUGAGGCGAAAUAUGCACAGAUCACGGUGCACCAUGCAGUAGCUGAGGUUCCUGAGCGUGGUGAGGUUUCACCCGCAGUCAAGGCUCCGCCAUCCAUCAUGGAGGUGGACGAGCCAGAAGAUGAUAGUGAACUUGCGAACUCACCUUUCACUGUGCUUCAGAAGCGAAAGCACAAGCCCAACUCGAUGAAGUCCUUUUAUUCUUCAAAAAUCCCUCAUUCGAGCUCUCGUAUUCCUGGCCUUUCGACACAUUCCACAAGCUACCGCCGCAAUGUUUCCUUCCACCACGUUCGCAACCGCUCACAAGGAUCCACAAAGCCUAAACGAAGGAAGACAGCACUCAACCAACCUGGUCAUCCAGGUGAACUGAAGCGUUCUCCUAGCGCUGCUAGCUUGCAGAUGAUCGCUAUAGGCAUAUCUUUGACUGAUAUUCCCAGCAGCCCCCCUUUACCUGCUCAACCUACUCUUGUUCGAAGCGGAAACAAGAUUAAGGAAACAGACCAAGCCAGAAGGACGCGACACUCAGAUGUUGGAUGGAAAGAGGAUGCUCGCAAGGUGUCCCACGAGUUGAGCCAAAUCUGUGAAGAAGCAUUCAAUGGGAGCUCCGUGACUACAAUCCGUACUAUGAGUAUGAGUACGGAAAUGGGAUACGAAACCCCAACAACACCCGUCUCCAUAGCAAGCCCGGAAGGAGUGGAUAUGCGCUCAAAGCCCCCGACUCGGACCAGCUUCGCACCACCAAGGGAGUCCAGUCGAUCUUAUAGCAUUCAAGAACUGACAGAAACUCGACAAAAGCUUGUUGAACACAGCUUGGGCCGCACCGACAAUAUUCCUGGCUACCUGUCCGGGGUGAUUGGUCACCUCGAUCGGUUGAUUGAAGAGGACCAAUCCCAGAAGCAUGUCAAGGGGCUGGGAGAAUAUGAACCUCAGUUUGUUGACCCAUUCGUCGCAGCCACCCCAGCUACUCUUGAAACAUCUCUGCCGGCCAUCAAUGAAGAAUUCGCAAGCCCUGCACGGGGUAGCGUGGACGAAGUCAGCCCCAAACGGAAGCCGAAGCUGCGUCAUACAGCUCGCCGGGGUGAUGAAAAGGCCACAAUCAGGAUGGUCCCCCAAAGCUCCUUGCGCUCAAUGGAAGAGGUCAAGCCAUUGAUGAUUCGCAAAAAGAACCAGCUUACUCAGAAGGAUGUUUACCCCAUGGAUGCCAUGAGAGAUUUCUCAAACGGUUCGCGACAGAAUCGUAACCCCGGCGGUCUUGACCCCAUCUCCGAAGUCCCAGGAUCCCCCAAGAAGGAGGAGAAAGCUGCAGACAAGAAGUGGUCAUGGUUUAGGGCCAGGUCUCAAAACUCAGAUUCGUUGCCUACUCUUCCGCCAAAAGACAUUGCGCCCAUAAUCCCGAGCAACGGAACCGUUAUUGUUAAUCCCCCACAAGACCUACAAUCUCCCACCAGUUUGGACGCGGAGCGGGUUCCAACUCGGAAGACCUCGAUGGAGCGAUUUGGAGGUGCCCUAAAGAAGCUCGUGUCAAAGAAAUCCAGCAAGACUCCCGAGCCUGGGAAUGACAUCGGCAACCCCAAGGAUCCCCGCCACUCCGAGCUCCUCUGCAAGGGCUAUCCCGAUACUGAUAGCUCCUUUGAAGCCGAUGACUCACAAAACCCGUUCCACAAUAAGCGUCGGUCACUUGCGAACCACAAUUGGUUUGCUCGUGUUUUUCAAAUCAAACCCGCGACUCGAGUCAUUGCGUUGAAUAGCAGUAAGGUUAAGAGCCUUAAGGUAGUUCACCAUCUUCUGUGCGAUUGGGAGGAUUAUGGAAUGGAAGAUGUGCGCCUGGACAAGGCCAACAGUCUCGUUCACGGUCGUGUAGGCGAGGUCAACUUUCUCCGACUCCGUGAAGUUGAGUUCACUGCUGAAUUCUACACUGUUCUUGAGCAUGGUCGAAAGGCCAACCUGAGCCUCGUCAAGUUCAAGCAGGAGCGCGGCGCGGCAUCAUCAUUCAACAAGGUUGUCGACACCGUCUAUCAGAUUUUGAAGUCCCGUGGCCUUAUCGUCGAAGAUAGCAUGCGAGCAAAGAAGAUGGCUCGUGUGCUCGAUAAUAUCCCUAGCUCCUGA